UAAGCUUGAGUUUUGGUAUUAUAAACAUUGUUGUUGUUUGGAACACACACACACACACAUGGGUCUUCUUCCUUCAACUUCACACCCUAAAUCCAACACCUAACGCACCCUUUUCCCCAAUCUUCAUCAAUUUUCCAGGAACCGAAAAAAAUGAAAUUGAUUGUUUUCUGGAACACCCUUUUGCUUAAAUCUUAAUAUUUUCAAGUUAAUUUUGUCAUCGGUUGUUGUUUGAUCUGAGGGUAGAAUUGCUGAAGGUUAUUGUUAUGGUUUAUCUUCUUCUUCUUCCGGAUUCUUCUAUGACCAGCCUUUGUUGGCAUAGGUACUGACUUUGUUGCCCACCAUGAAUUGUUUGGGCUUCAUCUGUUGCCAGUAUGGUGGACGAGAGAUCUGUUCAUGUUGCAGUUCUUGGGUAUAUAUCAUCAUGUGUUUGACUUUCUCGAUAAGCCCGACAAAGGAAAUGAUGGUCGCAAUGUCUCAAACGUUGAUGCCUCUGAUGGAUACAUAGUACGGAGUUUUUAUAGUUUUAGAAUUACAUGAUCUGGAUGAUAGCAUUCCAAUUGUAGUUGUUAAGAGUUAGCAUAAAAUACUUAAAUAGUAAAACUAGUAAAGGUGGAAGCUUGGAUUGCAAUUGUUAGUUGAUGAAUGUAGGUCUUAGUGUCUUACCAUAAUCAUCUGGUAGAAGACAAAAUUCUGAAAUGAAUAUUUAAGACCUUGCUGAGGGAUCACUUUGAUAAUUUAAACCAAGCUUUUCAUCUCUUUAGGAAGACUGAGAUCGAUAUUAGUGAUGGGCUUGCCUCAAAUACCCUCAAGUGAAUCUGCUGAAAAAUUUGCACCUGUGAGUGCAGUUUUAAAUAGCUCACCACACUUUUCUGAUGGAAGUCCUUCUGCUAUAAGCAGCAUGAGCAGUGGGAAUGCUCAUGAUGGGUCGGUUGCACGUAAUCUGGCAUCAUCAUUUGAUGAUUGUCCAAAUAAUUCCUCAUUAGAACAUUCAAAUGUUUCUGACAAGGCAUUUUAUAGAGGAGCCGUCGAAGUCACUUCCAAUGUCCACAGUUUGAAGAUUGAUUCAACAGGAGGUACUCUUUUUGCUUCACACAGUGGACGGAAUGUUCAUACUCCUGCAUCAAGGGUUGUGGGUUUCGAAUCAGGCCGAACAAGUUCUUUAAAUGAUGGGUUGUCUGAAGUUCUAGCUGCAAAUCUCAAUUCUUCAGCUUUUAUUGAUAUCUCUGCCAAUGACACUGAAUCUGCCAAUUCGUUGGUCAGGAAGCGGCUUUUAUCCCCAUUGAGCAGUAUGCUCUCCCCAGGUCAUUUCAAAGGUGAUUCUCUUGACCUUGGUUGCAGAAGUACUGACACUGGCUCUCUUGUUAAGAAUGAUAAUAUCAGAAAUUCCAUUGCACAGGAUAAUAAGAAGGCAAAUAUUGGAAACAAAGGCAGUUAUACAAUGCCUUCUUGGUCCUUGACUAAUUGCUUUGAGCAAAAAAACCUGCCACACAGUACAGAGUCCAUGUUUCCAUAUGAUGGUCCUUUGCAUGAAAUUAGAGGACUACUAUCCCAGGGUAGUUUACCUGCGUCUAGAAUUGAUCUCAUAAGAGAAUCAAGUCAGGUCAAAUCUCAAAGUGGUGUAAUAUCCAUGUCUCCUAAAAGUGUGAGCACUCCUCUUUCCUUUUCACCUCUUGGUCCUAAAUUUUCUGAAAGAAUAGAAACUGCUGGACGAUGUAGGAGUGUUGCUGAAGAGUUAAAGAAUUGCAAUAUAACUUUAAGGAAUAUUGAGCAAUCACUUGUCAAUUCAAACUCUUGCCUAAUGUUAAAUCAUAAUAAAGAUGAUGAUUUAGGACUUGCACGGAAAUCUUUUGAAGAUGCUGAAUUCUUUUGCAAAGACUUUUAUCCAUCUUCUCUGGAUGAUAUUGCUCAUGUGAGUUGGCCACUAUCUCAAGAAUCAGCUCUAAUCUCUAACUCCAUGAGGUUCACUAGAAGUUUGAGUGGACUUUCAGUAAGGAGGUCUUUGGUUGGUUCAUUUGAGGAGUCUCUUUUAUCUGGCCGUUUCUUGUCUGGGCACCUUAGUAAGAAAAUUGAUGGUUUUCUUGCUGUGCUGAGUGUUACUGGGGGAAGUUUUUCUCCUAAAUCGCAAAAGCUACCAUUUUCUGUUACUAGCGUGGAUGGAGAAAGCUAUCUAUUGUAUUAUGCAUCAAUAGAUCUUGCAGGAAAUUCUUCAUAUAACAAGUUUAGAGGCCAACUGCUAAAACGAGGGCCCAAAAUUGAUGAUUCUCAAAGUGACAAAAGUCGAUUGCGUAUACCAAUGAAAGGACGGAUUCAACUGGUGCUAAGCAAUCCAGAGAAGACUCCCCUCCACACCUUCUUUUGCAACUAUGAUUUGAGCGACAUGCCAGCCGGUACCAAAACAUUCUUGCGCCAGAAAGUCACCCUUGGUUCUUCCACUUCCUCUCAGCUAAAACACGAGCCAACAGGUUUGGACAGUGGAAUUGACAAGGGGAGCGGUGAAGUGAUGCGCACAGAUCAGAGAAGCGUCAAGGGUUCUAGCUUGGUGAAUUCUGUAAAUGAAGAGGACCCUUCCAAGAAAUCUCCAAACAUGAAAGUGUUGGGAGUCCCUUCUUCAGUAAAGCUUGAUCAUGGAUGCAUUACUGAUAAACUUGAAAGGAAUGAUCGCAAGGGGUGCUGGGAUAAAACAUGUGAUGAAUCAGGGAAAUCAUUAAAUUCCUGUUCAAAGGUCAAAGAGAAUUCUAAUAUUGUUGGUCCACUUCGUUAUGCUCUCCACCUCCGAUUUAUUUGCCCUUUUCCCAAGAGGACCAAUAGAUCAGUUCAAAAAUGCAGAUAUAAUUCUGUCCCUGAAAAAGCUGGAUUGGACAUAGAAGGGGAACGUAAAUUCUACUUAUGUAAUGAUUUAAGGGUUGUGUUUCCUCAACGUCAUACAGAUGCUGAUGAGGGAAAGUUGAACGUGGAAUACCAUUUCCCUGAAGAUCCAAGAUACUUUGACAUCAACUGAAAAUUAUAGUUUACCUCCUUAAAAAGCAUGCUGCUUUUGCUGACCUUCUUGUACAUAGUCAGAGGUUGGUCUUCAAUUGAGUCAUGUCUUCUGGAAAAGUGACAAACACUUUUCCUUCUGUAAAUACUCCAACAAUGUCAAUAAUUCAAUGGGUUAAAUAUUUUCAUUUGCCACUUAA